AGUGGGGCGACUUUCCCUUUCCGGCUACGGGUCCCGGAGCGGAGUGGGAGGCCGGACCGGGGAAGCCGAGGGACGGCGGCGGUGGGUUCGGCCAUGGCGGAGCUGGUGCAGGGGCAGAACGCUCCGGUGGGCAUGAAGGCUGAGGGCUUUGUGGAUGCCUUGCACCGGGUCCGGCAGAUUGCUGCUAAAAUCGAUUCAAUUCCUCACUUGAAUAAUUCCACACCCCUGGUGGACCCCUCAGUAUAUGGAUAUGGAGUACAGAAGCGGCCCCUGGAUGAUGGAGUAGGUAACCAGUUAGGGGCCUUGGUACAUCAAAGGGCAGUAAUAACAGAAGAAUUCAAAGUGCCUGAUAAGAUGGUUGGAUUUAUUAUUGGCAGGGGAGGUGAGCAGAUUUCACGAAUUCAAGCAGAAUCUGGUUGCAAAAUUCAGAUUGCCUCAGAGAGUUCUGGGAUUCCAGAGAGGCCCUGUGUACUUACCGGAACCCCAGAAAGUAUUGAACAAGCCAAACGGCUCUUGGGGCAGAUUGUGGACCGAUGUCGGAAUGGACCUGGCUUUCACAAUGACAUAGACGGCAACAGCACAAUCCAGGAGCUUCUCAUCCCCGCAUCCAAAGUGGGUCUGGUCAUCGGCAAAGGAGGGGAAACAAUCAAGCAGUUGCAGGAGCGGACUGGUGUGAAAAUGGUCAUGAUCCAGGAUGGACCACUGCCCACAGGAGCAGACAAGCCUCUCCGAAUCACUGGAGAUCCAUUUAAAGUCCAGCAAGCAAGAGAAAUGGUCCUAGAGAUCAUCCGAGAGAAAGAUCAGGCUGACUUCCGGGGUGUGCGUGGCGAUUUUGCCUCUCGCACAGGAGGAGGCAGUAUAGAGGUGUCUGUGCCUAGGUUUGCUGUCGGGAUUGUCAUAGGAAGAAAUGGAGAAAUGAUUAAAAAGAUCCAGAACGAUGCUGGCGUGAGGAUCCAGUUCAAACCAGAUGACGGGAUUAGUCCAGAGAGAGCAGCACAGGUCAUGGGCCCUCCAGAUCGGUGUCAGCAUGCCGCGCACAUCAUCAAUGAGCUCAUUCUCACGGCACAGGAAAGAGAUGGCCUUGGAGGCCUCGCAGUAGCUAGAGGAAGAGGCCGAGGCCGCAGUGACUGGAGUGUGGGCACUCCUGGUGGUGUCCAGGAAAUUACAUACACGGUGCCAGCUGAUAAGUGUGGCCUAGUAAUAGGCAAAGGGGGCGAGAACAUCAAAAGCAUCAACCAGCAGUCAGGUGCACAUGUGGAGCUUCAACGGAAUCCCCCUCCUAACACCGACCCCAACCUGCGGAUAUUUACCAUCAGGGGUGCUCCUCAGCAGAUCGAGGUGGCCAGGCAUCUCAUAGAUGAGAAAGUUGGCGGUGCCGGCCUUGGAGCCCCUUCAGCCUUCGGACAGAGCCCCUUCAGCCAGCCGCCAGCCGCGCCACAUCAAAACACCUUUCCUCCCAGGGGCUUCCCCAACAUCGCUGCUAAAGUUAACGGGAACCCCCACAGCACCCCUGUGAGUGGCCCUCCAGCUUUUCUGACCCAAGGCUGGGGCAGCACUUACCAAGCUUGGCAGCAGCCCACACAACAAGUCCCAAGCCAGCAGAGCCAGCCACAGAGCAGCCAGCCCGACUACAGCAAGGCCUGGGAGGACUAUUACAAAAAGCAGAGUCACACUACCAGUGCUGCCCCGCAGGCCAGCUCCCCACCAGACUACACGAUGGCCUGGGCUGAGUACUACAGGCAGCAGGCCGCCUUCUACGGGCAGACUUUAGGGCAGGCUCAGGCCCACAGCCAGGUCUGUAGCCAGUCCCCAGCACCAUGAUGCCACCCAGCCUUGUGCUUACCUAGUCCUAGGUUGAGCACACCAGCCUGUGGGCUCUCCUCUGUCUCCCUCCAGUCUCGGCCUUGAGUUUUGAUCAGAUGCUGCUCUCUUUCUAGCUCCGGGCCUAGUAACCCUAUAUAAAUAAGCACCCGACUUCUCCCCGUGUCUGCAGUGAACGAGGGCCGCUCCAGUAAUGCAGAAGUGGCCAGGCUGCGGCCUCUGCCUGCACAGCACCCUCGGGGCCCAAGCAGGUGGGGGUCCAUCCUGGCUUCUCUAUGUGUGCAAACUUGGAGGUUUCUCUCCAGUCCUUGGCCAAGAAUGAUCCCUCCUUUAAUGGAGGGAAGAGCCAAGUGCUCCCACAGGACACCUUUCUGGGGAACCUGAUGCCAGUGACACCUUGUGGGAAGCUGGUGACCCAGGAGAAGCCCUCCCCUUGCCCCUUCUCAAUGUCCUGACCUUAGAACCUGAGGUGCUCAGACUCCAGCAUCUGGUGGUGUGAGGCGCUGGGUGUGGGGCUGACCCUCUCCCUCCCCCCACAGGAGCAGUAGAUGGGCAUCUGCAGCGGCUCUUCCCCGAAAUCAGUGUGAGAGAAACCUGUUUGUUACAGAGAUUUUUAGAUUUGCAAACCUUUCGAUGAAGAACCUUGUUUUGUUCUGUGAAACACUAUAUUUAGAUUAACAGAAAUUUUCUAAAAAUCGGGAAAAUUAGUUACUAAACAUUGCUGGUCAUUUCUGUGUCAUGAUUUCUUUGUUACUUCAAGUGUGUGAGCUCUGGGGCUCUUUUGGAGCAAGGCCUGCAAGCUCAGGUGCCCGAACUCUCCUCAGAGCCUCAACAUUUCAUCAGAUGAUGGCUUUGUUUUGUUUUCGUGUCUUUUUAUUUACAGGUAUUUUUUUGUUUUGUUUUUGUUUUUUUUUUCUGUUGCAACAGGAAAAUGGCUUGGAAGUCUUAGGUGGUAAUGUAACAAAUUCUUUAAAAAAAUUUUUAAGCAGUAUUUAAAUAUUCGUAAAUGUAAAUUCAUUAAGUGUUUCACCUCUAAUUUCUUGUAUCUUGGCUGUCUGGUUUUAUUGCAUUUUUUUAAACGCUAAACUAUUAUGUAUUGUAAUUAAUGAUGUGAAUUCUGAACUGAGACGGGUCCUUGUGUUGGGGAGGGCAUUUGUGGGUUGUGUCAUUUCUGGCAUUCUGAGGGUAAUGCAAAGACGCGGUCCACCUUCAUGUAAGCCAGCCGUCUCCGUUACCCAGUGCAGUUGUGUGUCUAAGACCUCCAAGCUGGUUCUAAAAACAAAAAGCCUUUCUCUAUUCUCAGAAAUAUAAAUACUGUUAUUUUUAAUAUUAAAAAGAAAUUCAAUAUAACUUUUAACAAACACUGUGGACAUUAAACCAUAUAAAAAUGUAGUAGCUAUUUUUUAAUUCCAAGGUGUUUUGCUUUUUUCUUUAAAUAUUUUCUUAAUAUUUGUCAAAUUAACUAGAUAAAUAAAUAAAUCUAGUAUUAACCACAGUAUGAGUUAAAUAAUUGAUUUAAUAAAAGGGAUAAUAUGAUUUCCAAUGUUUACUGUAGUGUAUCUUGUACAGAUAACAUGUAUUUUUAAAGAAAAAACGGAAUUGAAGCUAUUUUUUCUUGCAUUUGAAUUGACCCGAGGAACAUUCCGUUUGAAGUGCUCUAGUUGCGGUUUACGGCUCUCUCGUUUUCCUUACAGUGCUUGAAAUGUCUAACUAUUAAAAAAGGCAAAUUGGAAAUGUUAUGCAUGUUGGUUUUUUUUUUUUUUAAGGUGUUCUUUUUAUUUGACUGACAAUUCAUUUUACACUCUAUAUAAUAAAAUUUCCACAAGAUACCUUGUGGGCAAAGUG